GUAUUCACAGUAAUAACCCUUACCCGAUCGCGAUAUUAUCAAAACUGCUUAUAGAUCGAUAGUGAUGAAUCAUUACCUUUGAUCCAUGGAUUUAACCUCAAGCAUCGCAGAACGUCGGAGUUUCGAGGCGUCUAGCUGAGCAGCAACAUGUCUACUAUGGCUUUCCGAAAUGGAUCACAGAUAGUAAAUUGUUUUCUAACAGUUAUGAUCGGAGCAUAAUGUAAUAUAGUAGUAAACUAGGGAAGAAAACUCACCAAAAUGUCCAAACCCUGGAUCCUCGUCUCCCCAGCCAGCCGCGGGAUCGGACACGCCCUAACACGGCACCUCCUACGAACAACCACGGCCCCGAUCCUCGCAACAGCGCGGUCCGACCUCCCCGGCGUGCGAGCCUCCAUCCUAGACUCUCUCUCCUCCUCCCCAUCCACCCCCCUCUCCAAAGACGAAAAAACCUCACUAUCAAAACGCCUGCACCUAACCCACAUCGACGUAACCCACGAACAAAGCCUAACCACCGCCUCCGCAGAAGCAGCCCAGUUAUUCCCCCCCGAAACCCACCACCUACACCUCGCAUUCGCGCUCCCGGGGAUCCUGCACCCAGAAAAAAGCCCAGCAGACGUAGACUACGCCGCGGCGCUGCACACGCUGCAAGUGAACGUACUAGGCCCCCUCAUGCUAAUAAAGCACUUCGGGGACUUCCUGCCGCGAAAAAACGUCGACAUAUCCCCAGAGCCGUUAUUCACCUCCCCACCCCAAUCCCCCACCACCCCCAACGAAGACGGAGAAGCCAACAACCCCCCACCGCACGCAACCUUCCUCCUCCCCUCCGCCCGCGUGGGCUCGACAACCGACAACCGGCUGGGAGGAUGGUACACGUACCGGGCGUCGAAAGCAGGCGUGACCAGUCUCGCACGCACAUACGACUUAUAUCUCCAGAACCGGUCCGGGGGGAAGGCUAUAUGUAUAGCGUACCACCCGGGCACGGUGAAAACGGAUCUAAGCCGCGAAUUUUGGGACCGGGUGCGUGCGGAGAAGUUAUUCACGCCGGAGUAUGCGGCGGAGCGGAUGGUGGAGGUGGUGAGGACGAGGCGGGCUGGGGAGCAUCGGGGGCGGUGUUGGGAUUGGAGGGGGGUGGAGGUGUUGCCUUGAAGGAGGGGUGGUGAGGAGAAGGAGAAUAUCCUGAAGCUCGCUAUGAAACUACUUCAAGUCCUGAACAAGGAAGUAAAAUAGCUAUGUGCCAUAUAACGUAAAACAAGAAAAUGGCCCUUAUUUCUCCUAAAGGAUUCGGAUCCGGUUAGAGCAAAACGCCUUUCCAACUCAUCCAUAUAUU